GCACAGUGCAGCUCCGCCGUAUAAAAGCAGCCAGCAGCAGCCUCAGUAACAGAGGACAUGCUUGUGCAAUGUAACAAGGAGGCUGCUUGUUCUGAGAGAGGAGUUUCAACAUAGCCGCAGAAUGAGGAAAUAUUUCAGGUGAAGGAGAAGAAGAAGAAGAAGAAGCGCUCUCUCGUUGGCACAACACAGGAGGAUAUCAAGGGCAGAGUGGAUUACUUUGUUUUAAGCAGCUGCAGUCAUGAGUGAGCGUCCCAAUCAGAGUGACCCUGACCAUCUCUAUGGAUUUCGUAUUUCAAAGUAUCUUCUCACCCAGAGGAACCACAUCAGCCCCGGAGCCCAGCGGUGAUGUUGGCGAUGCAGCACCUCAACUCCUCGGGUAUUAUCGCCCACUUCCCCCUCUCUAACCGCACCACCAUGGCGCAGGAGCCCGGGGUGGAGGCCGUAGCACGCAACGCCACCCGUCCACCGACCAGUCCCACAGCCGCCGGACUCACCAUGACCCUGGGCAUCCUGUUCAACGUGGUGGCCCUCUGCAUUCUUGCCAAGGCUUACAACCGCUUCCGUCGGCGGUCGAAGGCCACCUUUCUGCUCUUUGCCAGCUCUCUGGUGGCGACUGACCUGGUCGGACAUGUCAUCCCCGGGGCCCUCGUGCUGAACAGAUACACAUCAGGCACAGGGUCCACAGCUGUUUCCUCCAGCGUGCGAGGUGAUCCUGAGAAUCCCGAUGCCUCCUGUCUGUUUCUGGGGGGUUGCAUGGUGUUCUUCGGCCUGUGCCCUCUGUUCCUGGGCUGUGCCAUGGCUGCUGAGCGCUGCCUGGGCGUCACCAAGCCUCUGCUGCACGCUCGCCUGGUGACCACAGCACGGACAAAGAUGGCACUGACCCUGAUCUGGCUCCUUGCCUUGUGUGUGGCCCUUCUACCCUUCUUCAACCUCGGGGCCUACACUUACCAGUAUCCAUGGACGUGGUGCUUCAUCAGAGUGGAGGGCACUAAAGUCACAGAUCUGGUCUUUGUGAUGCUGUUCUCUGGACUGGCUCUGGGCUCUCUGGCUCUGGCCUUUGUGUGCAACACCAUGAGCGGGAUCACGCUGGUGAGAGCGCGGCUAAAGAAACGGUCCUGCACCCAACGGCGCUCAGCCCGCUCUCAUGACACUGAGAUGGUGGUCCAGCUGGUGGGCAUCAUGGUCACCUCCUGCAUCUGCUGGAGCCCUCUGCUGGUCUUUGGGAUGAUGUCAGCCACACGGUCCUUCAAUGGGACCCUAAGCAGUGACAUAGACACUUACAGGGGUCUGAUGGUAACGGGUGUCAGGAUGGCAACCUGUAACCAGAUCCUGGACCCAUGGGUCUACAUCCUGCUGCGACGCGCCAUCCUCAGGAAGAUCUACCGCAUCACUAAAAGACAGGCCAGUUUCAGGGGAAGCAUAUUCCGCUCCGUUCGAUGGGAUGCCGGAUCCUUUCAGAACUCAGAGAAAAACAGCGUCAAUAAGAUUUAAAGGGACGUACAGAGGAAGAAAAGGGACAAGUCUGCAAUCACUUUCGAUGGGAUGCUCUGUCGUCCGCUGGCAGCAUCACCAGGUAGCCCUGAAGUUGAUCAUCUGGAUUAUAAUUCCAUGUCAAAAGGACCAGAGUUUCCUCUCUCGGCUGAUGGGAAUGAAAUUCACCCCGGUUUAUGUGUAUGAAGUGUUAAGUGUUGAGAUCCAAAAUGGUAAAAAAAAAAAUUAAUAAUAAUCUAGUAACAUCAUCUUGGUUUGGUGUGUGAACUCAUCAUAAACUGAUAAUAGUUUUUAUUAGAAUGCAACAUGGCCCAUAUGCAGGAACUGUUUGCAUGUCAGUCUGUCCUCUAUGAGAGCAGUUGUAAAUACAAAAAAAUGUGUUAACUUUUUUGUUGUUUUGUUUUUUUGUUGACGUUUUUUGUUGACGUGAACAAACAUCUCAACUCAAAAGUUCCAUCUGCGAAGGUUUAUUUUUCUCUGACAUAAUGUAAAAGUCAAUGACUUGUGUAAACGCUCACAUAGGAGAGCAAAAGAAAAGGCUGUGCUUUUACCUCAGCUUAAAGAUGUGAAAAACACAUGAAUGUGAAUGUGAAUGUGAAUGCGUGUCUUUAUUGUGUGUCUGUGAAUGUAUCUACAGUAUCCCUGAGUGUCCUGGGACUGAAGUGAAGCUAUAUGUCUCAAAAGCUAAUUGGAUGUGAUGUUGUUAAGAUAAGAAUGUGAGAUUACAUAAUAAAUGGUUAUCUCUU